AUGGGUGAGGACGAGAAGCACAACAUCCUGUCGGUGGAUGUGAGUGACAACGCUCUGGGAGACGAGGGAGGUGCAAAGAUGUGUGAGCACCUGAUGAAUAACAAGUUGGUGAAGCGUUUGGUCAUGAAUGACAAUGACCUCAGCGACGAUGCCAUCAUUGCCCUGGCGAAAUUGCUGGGAGCCAACCAAAGCAUCCAAGAACUGGAACUCCAGGGAAAUUGCAUUUUCACCGCGGGCAUCACAUCUUUGGCCGAAAGCCUGCCCCAAAAUGGAACGUUGCAGCACUUGGAUCUCAGUGCCAAUCAGCUGGGGAUUGGUGGAGCUGAAGUGCUCGCAACGGGGCUGGCGAGGUCAUCCUUGACGAGUUUGAACGUCAGUAGCAACCGCAUCUGUGGCCGCGGAGCUGAGCAAAUCCUGCUGGCCACCAAGGGCACAGGUGUGGUGUUUUUGGACAUGGCAAGAAAUGAGAUCGGGCCGCAAGGAUUUGAGUUGAUGUGUAGUGCCCUAGAGAGCUCCACCGUGAACAGUUUGUCACUGGCGGGAAAUCGCUUGGGGCCCGACGAUGCGCAACAACUCUGUGAGAGUUGCUGCAAAUGCGAGGCUCUGCAAGUUUUGCUGCUGCAACAGAACGACUUGGGAGCUGACGGUACUAAGGCUCUGGCAGAGAUGCUGCCCAAGUCCAAGCUCACCGCUCUCGACUUGACGGGCAACGGCAUUGGUGACAGUGGUGCGGAGUACAUUGCAUCCGCACUAGGGACAUGCGCUUUGAUGGGCUUGGGCUUAGGCCACAACUCCAUCACGGAUGAGGGAGUGCUGCACCUGGUAGCUGGACGCAACUGGGGGGACUUGCGAUCCUUGGAGCUCACUUCCAAUGCCAUCAGCGAUCUUGGCGGCAAGGCGCUGAAAUUGAUGGCUGAAGAGCACCUGAAGCUCACUGUGACUGGGAUGGACAAGGGCGGAUGA